AUGCGUCGCCACAUUGGCAAGCUACAGGGGGAAACCAGGAAUUCUCGUGCCCAGUUGCCUCCGAGUUUGACGGCGGGCCCGCAUACAGCACAUUUGGCUCAGGACGUGGUCGCUUGGGUGAAAUUCCUUAGAACCCGCCUAUUGAUCAACUUCUCCGUUUUUGGCACAACAACCUUCGCUUACUACGGAAGUGCAGUGGGAAGUUUCCCAUUCCCAGCGGCUUCUGCUCAGUUUGCGGCUGCUUCUGGUAUUUCUGCGCAGUAUAGCGGCCAGCAGCUGUCUGAGCCCUCCACUUCUUCACCUCGAGUCCCUGUGGUUCGUGUCGUCAGAGCUCGGAUGGCCCAGCCCCAUGAUGACACUGGUCGCGAUCAGGAUGAUGAGCCUCAAGGGACUACGACCACUUUGCGAUCUUUUGGCCAUCCCAGGGUUUCAGGGCAAGGUCUUAAGGCGAUGUAUGAGGCCUUUCUCGGGUAUCCUGAUUCCAACCAGCCGAGUGCACCAGAUUCCAGAGUCUAUGCCAACGUCGUCCCUGAAGGCUCGGAGUUAUCACCGCCGUACGAAUCUGCCAGGGUGCAGUAA